GAAAGAACUCGGACAACAUCUGACCAAAGCAAAGGCACUCCUCCAUCAGAUGCAAGGAAAUAUCACGAAAGCGUGGACGAUGACAUCCUUCGCCGCGCGGCUGCUCGUUGCUUUGAACUACCACACCGUCAGCAGCGACACGCCGAUUCAGAGCCAGGAGGACGAAGACGCCCGCCGCUGUUUGUUUUCCUGCCACUACCUCGAUAAGUCGCUUAGCAUGCAUCUUCUGCGGCCACCGUCGCUUCCACGGUUGAGAUUCAGCCCCGCGUCGCUAAGAGCUACCAAUGGCCAGGCGGGGCUGGCGAUGAUUGCCAAAACAAUGUCUGAGUUUGCAGAAGUCCAGGAGGCUGCACUUGAGGUCUUUUUUGCCCAAUCGAUAGCAGACGAUGAUGGUGAGGAGAGGGCGGCCAGGCUGGACGCGGCAAUUCAGCAGUUGGUUGCGCUGAAGCGGGUGCUUGACGAGCGCCGUCUAAACGGCAGUCAGCAGGAAUUGGAGCUGGAAUGGGAUGUCACCGAGUUCCGGUACCACGCGAUUAUGACCACACUCCUGCAGUACCGCUCCGAGUGGGAGCAGGACAAGCCUGGGAAGAAGGAUAAGUGUUUGCAAUCUGCGCGACAGGCUCUGGAAGCGCUGCGCCAACUGCAGAAGACCAUCAACGCAAGCGAUGUAUUCAACGGCAGCUAUCCGAUUUUUCUCUCCUGGACCAUCCUGUUUUACCCUAUGACCCCAUUUUACGUUAUCUUCUGCAACGUGGUGGGCACAUCCAACAUGGAAGACUACCAGCUGCUGCGCGACACCACACAGGGACUGCAGCAGUUCAUCGACUACAACCCGGCCAUAGCCCGGCUAUACCACCUCUUCACCACCUUCCUCAACUUGUGUAGUCCCCUGGUGAACCCCCCUGUAGUUCAAGAGGAUGCAACAACGAUUUCUUCGCUGGAGCAGCCGAUUGCCAUGGAUGUGCGGCCCGAGAUGGGCCCGUGGUGGAACAGUGCAGACAUGUGGGAGUUGUUCAACACGCAGCCCUCGCUACAAUGGGUGGAUGCAGACAACCUCAUUCUCUAGUCACGAACCCCCAGGACCAUGGUUUAGCUGCUGCCUGAGGAAGGGUUGCUAACCUAUCAACUACCGUAUAUUUAUUAGAGUGUGACUUAGUCAGGUUAGCAGUGUUCUCAUUAGCAAUCCAACGGGCGCCUCUUAAUGCUCCUCCGUACUCUGUAAACACCUAUGGGAUCAGUUUGCGGGGCGGAAUAGAGUCGCCAGCUCCACGUCCAGAGCUGUAUCUUGAGUGUUCGUGAUGCAACAUAUGCUUGUCUUGGACGCUUACUACUAGUUAUGAAUGGAGUAUUGCAUGUGACGGUAACAGCACCUACAUGUAUACCUUCA